GGGAGUUCCAUUCUGAUCUUACAAAUCAAAUGGAGGCAUGUUUAUAUCAAAUUAAUGAAAGUAAAAUGGAGAAUAAGAUAGAAGAAAUAUCUUCAAGUUCAGACGCGGAAGAAAGCAGUUUGACUCCUGAGAUAUUUAAAUUUGAAGAAAUGCACAGAGAUCCGUUGCUUGUUAGAGCAAUGAAUAGUAAGGACACUUUUGGCCCAGUGUACCAAAAUAACAAGCGCAAGACAGAAGUAUAUGAAGAUCGUACAUCUUCUUCCGACGAUGAUGUUGGUGAUCAGUACUCUAAUAAUCCAUUAACUGGCAAUCAAGUAGACGCCAGCAGUACUGACGAAAGUGCAUGCAAACGACAGAAAUUGGACAAUGAAAAUGAAAGCAAGACCAACGAUGUAUCCUACAUCGGGAAGACUCAGCGGAUGAUGGAAAAAAUGGGAUAUCAUCCAGGAAGAGGUCUUGGGAAACACAGCCAGGGUCGUGUGGAGCCGGUAGAAUUAUUUAUGCAACGUGGUCGCAGAGGAUUUGGGCAUGCUGCACCUAAACUCCAAGAAGCGAGCCUUAAAUGGAAUCCUGAAGAGGAAGUAAUAAAAGUUGUCGAAGAUAUAGACUGGUUACGGAAUAGGCAUCCGUUUAGAUUAUUGAAGAAUGACGUGCAGAAUUGGAUGGCAUUGGGACCUAAAAAGGAAAUCAUAGAUGACGAAACCAGAUUCUGCGAUGCAGAAAUGAUGGCACAACUCAUCAGUUCGAAAACCAUGUUUGAUGGUUUGAAUAAAGUUGAAAUGCGGAAAGCAAGGACUCGUUCAAAUCCCUACGAGACCAUCCGUACCGCAGGCUUCUUGAAUCGCGCAGCAGUUAAGAUGGCGAACAUAAAUAAAGCGUGCAACUUUAUGUUCACUGAUGGGAUAAUGGAUGACGAGACACUGUACUUUGCGGACGUAUGCGCUGGCCCUGGUGGUUUCAGCGAAUACGUCUUGUCGAGAAAGAAAUGGCAUGCUAAAGGAUUUGGGUUCACUCUGAAGAAUGAAAAUGACUUCAAAUUGGACGAGUUUUUUGCCGGACCAUGCGAGACUUUCCAUCCUUUUUAUGGUUCGAAGGAAAACGGCGAUGUGUAUGAUUCGGGCCAUCAGAUAGAAUUUAGAGAUAUGAUCAUGAAGCAUACGUAUGACAAGGGAGUACACUUCAUGAUGUCAGAUGGUGGUUUCUCUGUGGAAGGCCAAGAAAAUAUACAGGAGAUCCUGUCGAAGCGGCUUUACCUGUGUCAAUGUUUGAUAGCGCUGAUGAUAGUGAGACCAGGUGGUCACUUCGUAACCAAGUUGUUUGACCUUUUUACGCCGUUCAGCGUCGGACUGGUUUAUUUGAUGUACAGAUGUUUCGCAAGUGUCUGUAUUUUCAAGCCCAACACUUCUAGACCAGCCAAUUCCGAACGCUACCUGAUAUGUAAGGGUAAAAAAGAAGAUACGGAAGAUAUAAUGAAUUAUCUGUUUGCUGUCAACGAGACGAUAUCAAAUAUCUCACAGGAUGAGGAAGACAAUGAUGUGAUUCAGUUAGUACCUCUUAGCGAACUGGAGGCGGACGAGGAGUUCAUGAAGUAUUUGAGAGAGUCUAACGACACCCUGGGUAGAAGGCAAAUAAUGAAUCUCUUGAAAAUCGCAGCUUUUUGCGAAGACACAUCGUUGAUCGAAUCGAAGCAGGCGGAGAUGCGAAAAUUGUGUUUGCAGCAUUGGGAUUUACCCGACAAAAGUCGUGUAAGACCAUAUAACGUCAAACCGCAAGAUAAGGUGCGGGAAAUAUUGAAUAAUGCCGUUGAUUUCAUUGGGCGCGAUGCUCAGAAAUUGACAAAGGAAAUAGUAAAUACCACAUUAUGCAAUCAGCCGUACGAUUGGUACUGGGUACCCUGUAGUUCCGGACAAUACGUUGACGAAGACAAGGUAGCAACGUUUUAUCUAGGCCUGGGCAGGAGAAGAGUAUAUCGUUACAUGAAGGGGAAAUGGGAAUCCAUUGGGGAUGUGAAAUUGGAAUUGCCGCCUAACACUCUCGUAUACGCUGAGCUGGUGUACGAGUCGAAAUGGACGGAGAGAUAUUUCACCAAGUCGCGUGCGUUGCACAUCUUGGACGCUUACAUGCUUGGUGGAGAGGACGUAAGCAUGAAAUAUAUAACUCACAGGUAAGACAUUGUUCCCAUUUACUUUCCAUUUGCUUUAUCUAUCAUACGAGUAAUUUCA